AUGGAUGAGCCAAGAAAUGCUCUCAUUAGGACACUAAGUGGCGGAGACAUAGUCAAAGAACGAUCAAGUCAUGCUUUUGCCCGAUCCUACAUUACUGGUGGAGCAAAAUUGCAGAUCAGCUAUACUUCUCGAGUAUGUGCCGAUAUUUGUCAACAUAUCGGAAAACUGCAUGGUGAGAUUGUGAAGUUGAACAGAGGAACGAGCUAUGUCCGAGACUUUCGUGUUGCCACGAAACGAAAUGACUGGAAAGAAGUCUAA